CAAACGGGGAGGCGGGACGUGCUGCGGCUUCCCGGUGAUUGGCUGCAAGCGAUGUCCCGGCGAGGGGAGCGGAACAGAAGGGCAAGGAUGGCGAAUGUUGAGCUGUGGAGGCCUCCUCGAAUGUGUGAUGAUUAUUGGAGUGAAUGGAAGCAUUGUCGGAGUGUGGGGAAUCUCUUUCAUCAUUACUAUGCCUAUGGAGAGUUCCCGUCAUGUAAGCAGUGGAAAACAGAUUACAAAAAUUGCAGGGAAUGGGAAAAACAUAAGUCUGGAGAGACUAAGAAAGCUUUACGUGAGAGUGAGAAGAAAAGGUUAGAAGAACAAAAGAGGCAUCUUCUAGUCUGGGAGUUGAGGAAGAAUCCACCAGCUGAAUGGCAUCUUCCCCUGAAUGAUGGAAAAGGGAAAUAGUGGGAAUUGCCCACACCUGCUGUUAAACCACCAGAUUGUUGGACAACAGUCCACAAUUUCUUGGCUGUGCAUCCUUUAUAAGGUUAGAUUCAGGCUAAGCCACUCGGCAUAGCUUCUUGGAGUCUUAAUUGCAUCAGCUAAUCUGAUUCACUUUUGGAAUUUGGUACAACAUCCAUCUUGAAUCUAAUACUCUAGCUGAUAUGUGAUAGCUAGACACCAGAAGUGUUUUUAAGGUAAUGUUAGCUUAAUCUGUGUUCAAUAAAAACAAAACCAGCCUAUUCAUUUUAUCUACCGGGUACUUGGAAUGUUUUUUUUACACUUGUGGUUGCAGAAACUCUGAAUGAGGAGGUACCUAAACCAACUUAAAAUGUAAAAUAUGAAUGAAAGCAACUAGGAGAUUUGAAUUCCCCAUUAGUCCACGUAUGGUAGUCAG